AUAUCACGUUGCAUUUCUCUUAAACCACAAGUUUCCGGUUCCAAACAGGGAAUUAACGAGUUUAUGAGAAGCUGUAAAUGCAGCACUCUGGCUGUGCACACUGUAGGGGGCGUUAGACAACUCUGAGACUGCUUCGCAGUCAGCUGUUUGGGUCGAAGAAGAGAAACCCCGCUGGUGUAGUCAUUCGUCCACUGGCUGGCUAUGCUGCAGUGUUGUCUGGACACAGUGGACUGAUGCGGAAGCGGGACAGAUUGUUUUGACUGCUGUAUGGGGCAAAACAGUUCACAGGGCUCAAAAAUGUCUUCCCCUGUCCGUGUCAUCGUGGUGGGAGCUGGCUGUCGAGGGGAGAUCUACUCCCAGUAUGCAUCCAUCCACCCUGAGCGAGUAAAGGUUGUUGGCAUAGCUGAUCCAAGGAAAUUUGCCCGCACUAAACUUCAACAGCAACACAAAAUUGAAGAUGAAAACAUAUUUGAAGACUGGCACAAUAUGGUUGAAAGAGAGAAGUUUGCAGAUGCAGCCUUGAUUUGUACCCCUGACUGCCUUCAUAAGGAACCUGCGAUGGCCUUUGCGAAGAAAGGCUACCAUGUUCUGCUGGAGAAGCCGAUGGCAACAACUGCAGAAGACUGCACAGCGAUCGUGGAGGCUUGUACUCUGAGUGGCGUGAUGCUAUCAGUGGGUCACGUUCUCCGCUAUGAUCCUCUCAUCCACAGGAUAAAGGAGCUGAUUGAUGCUGGAGUCAUAGGUGACGUGAUCCACAUUCAGCACCUUGAGCCGGUUGGGUUUUACCACUUUGCUCACUCAUUUGUUCGGGGGAACUGGAGGAAUGAAGCAGAGAGCUCUUUUGCUCUUUUAGCCAAGUCAUGUCAUGACAUUGACCUUAUACAUCACUGGGCCGGAGCGCGCAGGUGUGUCAAAGUGUCAUCGUUUGGAUCCCUCAGCCACUUCACUAAAACAAACAAGCCAACAGGUGCUGCAGAUCGCUGCCUGGACUGUUCAGUAGAAAGAGACUGUCCGUACUCGGCGCGCAAAAUCUACGUGGAUAGAGUGAAACAGGGUCACACCGGCUGGCCUGUGUCAGUCAUAUGUCCGAACUCAUUCCCAGACAUCGAGUCAGUCACUGAGGCACUGAGGAACGGACCGUAUGGCCGCUGUGUCUACGAGUGUGACAACGACGUCUGCAGUAACCAGGUUGUUAACAUGGAGUUUGAAGGAGGUGUGACAGCAGCCUUUUCUAUGGUGGCGUUCACUGAGGAGAUCUGCCAGCGAAAAACAACCAUCUCUGGCAGCAAGGGGGAGCUUUCCUACAAUGGCCAUGAGAUACGCGUGUUUGAUUUUCUGACGGAGACAGCCACGAAGCACGUGGCACACAAAAAUACUCCCAAGCGCUUUGGCAUGAGUGGACAUGGUGGAGCAGACUACCACCUUAUGAAUGCCUUUGUUUCUGCUGUGGCCAACAAUGACCCAUCCCUGAUCCGCUCAGGACCUGAGGAGACGCUGCAGAGUCAUUUGUUGGUGUUUGAAGCAGAGCGUUCGCGACUGGAGGGCAGGGUGGUGUACCCUGGUGACACUAGCCACAGCUAGAUGACUGACAAACUAUUCAACACAAAAUGAUCUCUCCUCAAAAAUCAAAACUUGUAAUCAUACCUGGAUUAUUAUAGACACAACUGCACUGUUGAACAGGGGGCCAAAUAUUGUAGAGUAAUCAUGCUGCUUUUUUAGUUAAUAUUGCUCAGGGAUUUUAAUACUACUUGUGUGUAGGUGUGUGUUUGAGUGAGUGAGAGGGUGAACAAGUUAGUCUUUUAAAUGAUGUAAGAAUUUGUUAAUUUGAUAAUCUGAUUCGCUAUUAAAAAGUUGGAGUCCG